GUGCCUCCGUCUCGUCCGAGGAAGUCGUGUGUAAAAAUGAUCUAUUUAUUUCCAAGAGUAGCAAGACUGCUGCCGAAAGAACGACCGAAGGCUGGGAAGAGAACGACGGGCGGAAGAGAACACAUACACGAAAGCUACCAAAUGAUAAAGCACAGAGCAAGAUGAAAACAUCAAGCUCUGCUAUGUACUUCCGCCGAUGGCUCGCGUCCUUUCUUGCCUCCCGGCGACGGUGGGCGCAAGAAAUGCUGCGGAAAUCCGACAAAACUCUCGUCGCGAAAAAGAAAGUCAUAUCUUGUGUAACAACUACGUCCCCACCUGAGAAUGAAGACGAGGAUGGGGAUUUUUUUUCUAGAGAAACCUACUAGCAGCAAGUGUUGGCUGUUGGUGUAGUUCCGUGUGCUAAGUUUGGGGUCGCAGUGUAUUUUUCACGACCCCUUUUCAACUGAUGCAGCUGCAGCGCAAAUCGGUCAACUUAUGCUGCUUUUGGCAUGACAAGCUCCCAGAUACAGAUUGCAUCAAUAGAAAAUGUUUCUGAUUAUGGGCUUGGAGAUGAGCAUGACACGUCUGGGGAGGUGGGGAAGCGUUUACACAGGAUGAGGCACCUUCAAUUUGGAGGUCAGCGACAGCCCCAGACGGGAAGCAAGAACUGCAAAACCAAACGCGUCGCGCAGUCAAAGCGCUUUGCGACAGCCGCAGGACGACAAGCAUG